AUAUUUCCUUAUUUAAGGAAAGCUAGGGAGGCUAGGCUAGGUGUCACAACAAAUGUGAAGCGCUUUAGCGUUAGCAUUAGCGUUAGCUUCGCAGGUAGCGGUGUAGAGCGGCAGUACUGGAGUAAAGCUGGGUGUGAGUGACACAGAGAACCGAGCCGCUGGUGCCCGCCGGGUGUGUUUGUGGAUAAUGCUUAGCCAUGGUGCCCUGUCAGACCCACGUCAUGCUGAAGUGGCAGGAGCACCUGAACAGCUCCUGGGCGGCGGAGGACAGCACCCAGACCGCCACGCGCGCCAGCGCCGCCUCUCUCUACGCCAAGCUGCUGCACCACAAAGAGGCGCUGGCGCUGGCCCUGCCCGUCCAGGACCUCCUGGGUCCGCGUCUUCCUGACUUCCAGCACGAUUCCGGCGCCAACGAGGAGCGUGACGAGUACCUGCGGGCGCUGCUGCGCAGCCAGCGCUGCCUCGGGCAUCGGGUCCUCGCCCACUGGCCCUUCUCCGUCUCCCUGCAUCACAGACUGGUGGCACUGCAACGGAUCUACUACGCCAUCCACAGCAAGUACCACGACCGCUUUCGCAACCCGCCCCCUCCGCAGCCCGCCGCCUCGUGUACAGGAGACGGUGGCGCUGUAGAACCCGUCUCUGACUUGUACCAGUCAGGCGCCAGCGCCCGUGCCGCCUCUGGGACGGACGUGCUGAUCGAGAUGGGAGUUCGGACGGGGCUGAGUCUGCUGUUCGCCCUCCUGCGGCAGAACUGGCAGCGCGGCAACCUCGAAGACGUGGCGCUCUGCAACGACGUGCUGGGCACCGCCCAGUCGGUGCUGUCGGCUCUACCUCCCCUCUCUCUGGCCAACGAGAACAAGAUGGCGUCGGUGGGGCUGGAGUGCCUGGCGCAAGUCGGGAACUUCCUGAAGAAGACGGCGGCCAGCGGACGGGGGGCGGACCGGGCCGGACGCCGCCUGGCGCUGGAGCUCCUGCUGGGCGUGGCCGUGCAGAGAGGAGCCCUGCGCUUCAUGCUGGAGUGGGUGGAGGUGGCGCUGGCCGCCUCGUCGUCGGAACCCUUGGGCGUCGGCUACGAGCUCAUCGUUCAGAUCCUGCAGCAGAUGAGGCAUUGCUCGGGUCUUCGUGGUGAUUUCAUUAACACUCAGGUGCUUCAGAAGGACACCGAUGGACUCUGCAGCCUGUCACAUGUAGCGCUGUGUCUCCUCGAAGAGAUCUGCACGCUGGCCUCUAGCUGCCUGAGCUCGUGCAGCGCGGGCACCUCGUGCCCCGGCUCCGAGGGCGAAGGCUCGGCGAAGGUGUACGUCUGGGGCAGUAACAGCAGCCACCAGCUGGCUGAGGGAACGCUGGAGAAAAUCCUGCAACCCAAACUGGCUCAGGGCUUCAGCGACGCUCAAAUGAUCGAGGCGGGGCAGUACUGCACGUUCUCCGUGUCGUCCGACGGUUCGGUCAGGGCCUGCGGUAAGGGCAGCUACGGGCGCCUCGGCCUCGGGGACUCCAACAACCAGUCCGUCCCCAAGAAGCUGGCGCUGGAUCCUCCCCGCUGCAUGAGGAAGGUGUCGUCGUCCAAGGGCUCGGACGGGCACACGCUGGCCGUCACGGCCGAGGGCGAGGUCUUCAGCUGGGGCGACGGGGACUACGGGAAGCUGGGCCACGGGAACAGCGCCACCCAGAAAUACCCCAAAAUCAUACAGGGGCCCCUGCUGGGGAAGGUGGUGGUGUGUGUGUCUGCCGGAUACAGACACAGUGCGGCGGUGACCAACGACGGAGAGCUCUACACGUGGGGAGAGGGAGAUUUCGGACGACUCGGCCACAGUGACAGUCACAGCCGGAACGUUCCCACGCUGGUGAAGGACAUCAGUGGCGUGGGCCAGGCAGCGUGUGGCAGCUCGCACACCAUCGCCGUGGCUCAGGACGGACGCGUGGUCUGGUCGUUCGGAGGAGGAGACAACGGUAAACUGGGACACGGCGACACGAACCGCGUGUACAGACCCAAAGUGAUCGAGGCUUUACACGGGUACAUCAUCAGAAAAGUGUGUGCUGGGAGUCAGUGCUCGCUGGCACUCACCUCCGCCGGACAGGUGUUCGCUUGGGGCUGCGGCUCGUGCCUGGGCUGCGGUUCGACCGAAACCACCUCACUCAGGCCGCGUUUCAUCGAGGAACUGGGCGUCACCAAGAUCAUAGACAUCUCGUGUGGAGACAGCCACUGUCUCGCUCUGUCUCACGAGAAUGAAGUCUACGCCUGGGGUAACAACGCCAUGGGUCAGUGCGGUCAGGGCCACACGUCGACGCCCAUCACCAAACCUAAGAAGGUGACCGGUUUGGAGGGGGUGUCGGUGCAGCAGAUCACAGCCGGGACCUCACACAGCCUGGCGUGGACGGCGGUUCCCACAGACAGGCAGCUGGUAGCGUGGCACAGGCCGUUCUGUGUAGAUCUGGAGGAGAGCACCUUCGCGUACCUGCGCAGCUUCCUGGAGCGCUACUGCGACGGCAUCGGCGAGGACACACCGCCCGUACCGUUCAGCUCAAAGAGGGAGCAUCAGCAGUUUGUGCUGCUGUGCAUGAAGCUUCUGUCCAUCCACCUGUCGCUGGCGCACGCAGGAGGGACCGGGGCCACGGUGCUCGGGGCUCAGGGGAGACCCAUCCGCAACCUGCUCUUCAGACUCAUCGAUUCCAGCGUGCCCGAAACACUACAGCAGGCGGUGAUGAACACACUAUCCAUCGGAGCAUCUCUCCUGCUGCCUCCACUCAGGGAGAGAACCGAACUGCUGCACUCGCUUCUACCUCAGGGUCCAGAGAGCUGGGAGAGUCUCUCUAAAGGACAGCGUCUACAGUUAGACAUGGUGCUGAACAGUCUCCAGGAACAAAGCCAUGUAGCUUCCCUGCUUGGCUACAGCUCUCCGGCAGAGCUGGGUGCCAACGUGACCCUACCCCCCUCGCCGGACCGGCCCGCGAGCACCUCUAGCACAGAGGCCCCAGAUCACCUGCACCUUGCUCAAGUUCUCCUCAAGACCCUCCUGCUGAGCAUCGGGUUCUACACGGAGCGUGCCUUCGGUGAGCUGGAGAAGAACAGUGACAAGCAGAAGUUCAGUUCAGCUCAGAAGCAGACUGAAGCUCCAUCUCACUUCCACCACCUGCUGGCAGCCCUGCACAAGCACCUACUGGCUCACUGCUACAUCUACACCAGUACAGAGGACGACGGCAGUGUGACGUUGCUCCACAAGCACUUGUGCCUGUUGCUCCCGUACGCUGCUGAGACGUUCAGGAGGUCCACCACGCUGCUGGAGGAGAGCUCACGGGACAAGAACGUCAUCAAUAAACUACACACCGUGUUGUUCGGCUCUAUAGCGGGCAGUCUCCUUUGCCAGGUGGUGUAUUCUCUGCUGCUCUUGCCCCUUGCCGUGGUGAGACCUCUCCUCCCUCACCUGAUGUCUCUGCUCGAGCAGCUCGACGAGCUCAGCUGCCGCCUGCCCACCACCAACCUGCAGGAAGAGUUGGAGCUCAAGGGAACCUCACCAGAGGUGUCUGAUCCAGCACACCCCGCUCCUGAGGCAGAGACCGAGCAUGACUGGGUGUGGCUCCUGGACCUGGAGAGAGCUGUGGCGCUGACUAUCGGCCGAUGUCUGGGCGGGAUGCUGCAGGGGCCGCCCCCUUCUGCCCAGGAGAGGACGGCCGAGUAUUGGCUGGGUAACCCGCUCCUGAGGAACGGCCUGGAGAUGGACUUAGAACAGCUGGAUUCGGCUAUGAACUGGCUGACCGAGGCGGUGCUGCUCAGCUGCGGCGACGCCAGGCUGGCCGACCUUCAUCUUUCCGAGGAGGACCUCACGCUGCUGGAGCUGGCGCUCGGCUCCUCGCGGGAGCCUGCCGGCGGCCUCUGGAGGAGGCUGAAGGAGUACGCCACCAGCAGAGAUUGGGAUGGCGGAGCUGCGGUAGAGGACAGUUUGUUAGAGACGGCGUGUCGCUGUAGCCUCGCUGCCCUGCUGAAACACACGGGUCUGCAGGACAAGGCCUACUGGCACGACAAGUACGAACCCUGUGAGAUGCUGACCGAGAUCUACGAGGUGGUGUAUAAGAUCCGCAGCGCUCUGCUCUCCUAUAAAGAGAACACGGGGAACACGACCAGCACACAGCAGGCUGCAGUUACCAAACAGGGUUCGUCGGACUCUCAGAGCCCCGAGGAGGACCCACACGAGGGCAGCAGCUCCGAAGAACAGACCCGGAGAGAAAACACACACGCUGCCGAACACAACCAGGACGAUCCUGCUGAAGAUGAAACGCCCAGCAUCAGUAUGUACCUGCCGGCAGAGGUGCUGCAGUGUUUCCUGGCGACGCGGGAGGCCAUGAACCUGCAGCAGAACGAGACCGUGUACGAGUCGUCGGGCACCAGCACUCUGCCCAGCAGCUCCGACAGUCCGGAUACCCCCGAGCGAGAGGCGCCCCCUCACGUGCCCUUCACCUCCACGUGCCAGCUGCUCAUCAAGCGCUGCCUCUUUCUGCUGCUGGGCGUCCGCCCCGCCUGGCAAGAGCACAGCCAGGACGAGCAAACGGAAAACGGCGCCCCUCAUAGGAGGUCAUCGUACUCCUUUGAAGAUCAGGGUCUGAACAGGGAUUUCACCGUUUCCCCCAAGUGUAGGAGACACAGUGAGAGAGAGAUGACUGAUCAGCUGAAGAACGCUUCUGGUCCUGCAAAGAACAAGAUGGGGCUGCCGCUGUGCUCUCUGGGUAUUAUGAAGGACGCGUGGGACAGACUGAGGCAGUGUAUCAUCCCGGACACGGUGCUCAGCCCUCGGACCGUCAGCUCAUCCAUGAUCAACCAGGUGUUCCACUUUGUGUGUGGGAGUUUGGUGAAGACGUCGGCGAUGCUGGAGAAGGACGCGUGUGUUCAGGCCGAUCCCAAAGCCAUCACGCUGGCCAUGGUGCAGCAGCAGCACCGGGCGGAGGUGCGGGUGGAGGCCCUGCGUCAGAUCUCCUCUUUCCUGGCCGAGAUGGAGAAGAGCAGCGGCUCUACGGCGCCCCCACGUUUCCCCGGUCUCCUGCAGUCGGUGCAGCUGCACUUUCUGUCCGGCUGUUUUGGACUCGGAGCUCCCGUCCCGGGCAGCUUAGCGACGUCCAGCGACAGGAUUUAUCACUUCAGCGCUGGCACUCAGUCGGCUUCCAUGGGCGCCCAGAGAGAGCUUCAGGCUGCGGCUCACGUCCUCUACCAGCAGGUGGUUCGGGUGCUCAGGCAGAAGGUGGCGCUGGAGAAGAAGCAGAAAGGUUCGUGCCAGCAGCUCCUCCUGGCCGCCGUGUUCGCCCUGAAUUUCCACUACGAGCCCGACGACCUGGUGCUGCUGAUCCGGAGCGGCCUGCUGGAGCUGCUCUCCGCCCUCACGCACGACUCCUGUGUGCUGGUCAGCCAUCGCUGGCUGGCGUCCUCCAUCUCUGCCAACGCGCUGCUGAGCGGCGCCGUGCGACUCUCCUCCGCCCGGCUGCUCCAGAGCCUCGUCAUCGCCGCCAGCUCGUGUGAGGGCUCUUUACCGCCGGACGUGUCUCAGGCUCUGAUGGACGUGAUGUGUGAACAGCUGCAGACCCUCUUACACAACUUCCACCUACAGGAGGCGCUGGAGAGCAGCCCGGAAAACCAACUGGAGCACAAACCCACAGAUCAAACAGCCACAGAAGAGAUGGGUGUGGACAUGCCACGCAGCAGCAAAGUACUCGAGUCCCAACUCGCCGACUUCCUGGUCUUCCUCCGGCGCGUCCUCUCACCCUGGGCGACCAGGAGAGUGUCCUCGUUCUCUAGAUGGAUCGAACCACUGAUGUCCAUCGUCUCCUGCCACAGCAGCUCAGGUCACCCUCGCUUCCAUAACCUCCGUACGAAGCUUCUGGCCUUCCACAUCCUCGAGGCUUUACUUCCAGCCUGCACAGACUCAGUACAGAUCAAACAGAUGGUGGACCAGCUGUUUGGUUUAGUCUCCACCUACAUGUGGGAGGAACCUCUGGCUUUGAGGAGGAAUCAAGAAAGACAAGCCGACAACUUCACCAAGGACAGCAGCGGUGAGGACGAGUGCAUCCCCAUCGGCGAUUUCUCCUUCGACCCUCAUAAACUCCUCUGCUGUUCUCUGGAGAGCGGGAACGUCCUCUCUCACGGCUCCGGGGGGAAGGGUUACGGCCUGGCCACCACCGCCAUCACCUCCGGCUGCUUCACCUGGAAGUUCCACAUCACGAAAGAGAACCGAGGGAACGAGGGCACGUGCAUCGGCGUGGCGCGCUGGCCCAUCCGCGACUACAACCACCGCAGCACCACCGACAUGUGGCUGUACCGGGCCUACAGCGGCAGCCUGUACCACGGCGGCGAGCUGGGCCGGGCGCUGCCCUCCUUCACCCAGGGAGACACCAUCACCUGCAUUCUGGACAUGGAGGCCAGGACCAUCUCCUUCGCCAAGAACAACAGGGAACCCAAGCUGGCGUUCGAGGGUGUGGACGCGACAGAGCUGUACCCCUGUGUCCUCUUCUACAGCAGUAACCCGGGAGAGAAGGUGGCGCUGUGCGACCUGCAGAUGCGCGGCAUGCCCAGCGAUCUUCUGCCCGGCGACCCUCUGUGCUGCCCGCGCGCGGCCGUGCUCCUAGAGGCCACGGUUCAGCUGGUGAGGCGGCUUCACCAGCACGAGGCCUGGACACCACACAUCAACCAGUACAUGACCAGGCGCCUGGAGCUCGUGGGCAGCGUCAUGAAGGAGGGGACACAAGCUCAAGGUGGCACCAGGGAGCAUGCGGAGGGCGAGGAGGAGGAGCAGGAGUGGAAAGUGAAAAGCCCCAACGCGCUGGGUGACGCCCAGCUGGGCGCGCUGUGUUCCGACGUGUGGCCCGUCCUGGCGCUGAUCGGAGGAGUGGACGGCGGCGUGAGGGCCGGAGGGGCGUGUUUACACAAACCCAGCGGCCGCCGCGCCACCCUGCUGGGGGUAGUAAAGAACGGGAGCGCCCUCGCUAAGCUGCAGUGGGAGGAGACCGAUGUGACUGUGAGCUUCCUAAAUUCUUGGUCACCCAGCGACACCCUCCUCUCGUCCCUGGAGCCGUGUGACGUCCCCCAGCUCGAAGUCUCGCGCUGCACCAGCUUCACCGACUCCACCGUCUUCCAUCUCGUCCUGCUCACCGGGGUCCUGGAGGAGGCGGAGCCCAAGUGCAGAGGCGGAGCUUCGUCCAGGCCGUGGCCGCACCCUCGCGGGCGGAGCGUUUCGGAGGGCGGGGCCAGGAGCGAACCCGAGAGGAAGCCGGACGAAGUCGCCGCACGUGCCUCCAUGCCGGACGAGGAAACGGCGGGUCUGGUGGAGGCCGAGAAGCCGGACGGGUGCCAGGACGGGUCGCAGGAUGGCACCACUCACCUGUCGCAACCGAAGCCGGACCUGCUGGCGCUGGAGCUGCGCGCCAUCCGCGUCUCCUACCUCCUGCUAGGCGCCCUGAAGUCUCUGGCUGUGAUUCUCAACUGCGCCAAGUUCACAGAUUUGCUCCUGGCGCCCAAAGCCGAGACGGGCGGCGGCCCGGGCAGCCCUGACCGAACGAACGCUAAGCUACAAUGGGUUCUGCAGUUCCUGGUGCGCAGCAUGGUGAAGUGGGCGGUCAGGCCGUGCCCGAUCAAGCAGCACGUCACCAUGGCGGAUCUGGAACGCGCUCAGAUCAUGAUCUUUAAAGGUGCCCUCAGCCGGCUGCAGGAGGAUGAGGACGGCAGGAACAGCAAAGGCCACAGCACCUCCCAACCUGUCUCCAAGUCUUCCAGCACUGCAUCUCUGCAUAGCAACGCCUCUGAUGUUACCGCUGUGCUGGGCCAAUCAGCUUCGUCCUCCAGCAAUGACCUCACGUCCUCCCUCCUCACCGCGCUACAGGCUGACGGCCUGGAGAACUUUAACCCCUUCCUGCCCAUCAACCUGCUGCAACGCAUGGUAUUGGCUCGAUUUCCCACGCUGGCCGGGCUGGUCCACAGCCCCGUGCUGCCCCAGCCGCUCACGCUGACCGGCUCCGUACCCUGCGCUGCCUUCGCCGAGCAGCAGACCAGCUUCCUGGAGCCGUGUGGCCAGACCAGGACGCCCGUGGAUCCUCCCCGAAUGUUCGUUCCUGUGCGCUUGCUGGAGAUGGGCUUCUCUGUGAGACACAUCUACAGAGCCAUCGAAGCAGCAGGAGUAACCGGUGACAUCGACUCCGCCACCGUCGAGGUCCUGGCGAGCUGGAUGCUGGAGAACCCGCUGAACGACGAGCCGCAGGCGGGAGAGGGUCCGUCGGUGGGGGGCGCCGCUCACACACCCUUAUCGGACGGGCCCGAGACCGUGCAGUGCCCGGAAUCCCCGACCAUGCAUAGAGAACCUAGUGAGAGUGUUCUAGCCGGCCUGGAUCUGGUGGAGAGAGAGAACUUUCUGGACGUCCAUCUGACCCGGAACAGACCCCCUCCUGCCCGUAGGCAGCGCUCAGGCCUGAGCCAGCGCACCUCCUUCAGGAGAUCAGACUCGGCGUGCGAUUGGCCGGACAGGGCCGACAGUCACCCGUUCUCAGCCGAGGAGGAGUCUGAACUGGGCUACAUGGACGAAUCGUACCAGGAGGAACCGUACGAGGAGCUGCUCACGCCCGAGUUCAUCUCUUCUGAGAGGGACACGCUGUGGAUGGUGGAGGGAUCGGAGGAACACGUGGAGCCCCGUGAGAUGGUGGAGUGCGAGCUGUGCAACACUCUGACCCUGCACUUCAACGCCCACAUGAAGCGGCACCACCCGGGCUGCGGGCAGAGCGCCGGGCGGCGCGGUUACCGUAGUAACGGAGCCUACGUAGACGGCUGGUUCGGAGGCGAGUGCGGCUCGGGGAGCCCGUAUUACCUCCUGUGUUCCGCCUGCAGAGAGAAAUACCUCAGCGCCAACCUGAGGGAGGCGGAGGGCGCGCGCCACGGGGCGCGGGGUAUGGUGUCGGAUCUGAUCGGGCGCCUGGACAGCACGUCUGACGACGAGUGGGAGCAGCAGGAGGGGCUGGACCCGGAGCGUCUGACCGGUUUGGAAGAUUUCGGGACGCUGCUCAGGCCUCUGGGACUCAGCGAGAAGAAGUUGACGCCGGAGCCGAUCCUGUUCACGGAACCCGACCCGCUCGGAGCCCUAAGCGUGGCGCACACCAACCUGCAGGGUAGAGGUGGGCGGAGUCCCGAACCGAAGCCCUCGUCGACAGCGCUCUCUCUGGGCGAGCAGGCGGCGUCUCUGACCGAAGCUCAGCAGAGGCUGGAGGCCCUGCGCCGGGUCACCGCUACGGCACAGAUCCUGCUGGGAUACAGCAUGGUGCUCACGGCCCUGUCCCAAACCGCAUCCAUUAGCUCGGUGUGCAGUCAGUCCAGCGGGUUCGAGGCGCUGGGAUUGGCCGACAUUCGGAUCCUGGUGCGCCUCAUGUGUUUGGCCGCCGGUGGGCGUGUCCGAGUGGAGCAGCAGGGCGGGAGGCGCGGCCCGGCGAACGACGGCUCGGGUUCGGCCUUCCUGUCUUUUCUCAGCUCGGCUAUCGGCAGCUUGGUGUCGCACAGUCCCACGGCCUACAGGGAGCUGAUAGACAUCUGUACUCAGGAUCUGAUGGCCGCUGCUACAGGGGUGAACCUCGGGGCGAUCUGUGACCCCCUGCAGAGGGGGCGCGCCGGGACCGCCCAGGACCCCGCUUUCCCGAACUUCCUGGUCACGCAGAGCCUGGUCUCACUCCUCACCGAGAAGCGGGUUCGGUAUCGGUACACGGCGGAAAGACGCGAGUCCGGCGAGGCUAAAGAGCCCGACAGCCCUCUGACUCCAGGCCCGGGUCUCUCUCAGAGCGCCGUGCGGGUCGGCUCGCUGGAGCUGGCGAACGCCCUGGCGGCCUGUGCCCUCUCCGCCCGUCUGAACAGCACCCACCGACAGUGGGCGGCUCAGCAGCUGGUGCAGGCCCUGGCGGCCUCGGAGCGCGACUCCCCCAUCAGGCCGCAGAGCUACAGCGACAUGGCCGGCGAUCUGCGCCAGUGUCCGCUCAGCAAACUGGAGGCACAUAACAACCGGGUGACCAGUUGUAGCUGGAGUGCAGAUCAGGGUCUGUUAGCUACGAGCUCUCAGGACGGAACCGUCUGUCUGUGGGAAAUCACUUCAAACACGGCCGACCUGCUUCACACACACACCUGUGACAGUGAGAUCUCACCCGGCGCUGAGGGCUCGACAGGAAGUCACCUGCUCUCUCCGGUGACGUGGAGCGCACAGGGGACGUUGCUGGCUACGUACCAGAGUAAACGCGUCUUCAUCUGGACCGUUCACGGAUCCCAGGUUCACGUGGAGGUGCAGGCAUCAUGGGUAACAGCCAUGGAGUGGGCUCAGAACCCCGCCCUCUUCACCAAAACGUGCACGGAGAGCCUGCUGGUGGGCCACCUGGGGGUGAGGAACCGGUUUCGGUUGGCGCAGCGGGAUAUACCGCUAGCACACCAGUACCAAUCGGCUAGGCGCCAUCUAGAGGGCACAUCCCGUCUUCCAGCUCCUCAGUGUCUGGCCUGGUUCAGUACCGACAGACCUUUCGCUGCUGGUUAUCCUGACGGGAAGAUCCUGAUCGGAACGGUCGAGAGCUACGACACCGAGCAGCCACUAGUGCUCACGGCGUUCCAGGAGGGUAUAAGCGCCCUGAGGUGGGAUCCCACAGGUCAUCUGCUGCUGUCGACCAGUCGUUCGGAGGUGGUGAAGAUCUGGGGGCGUUCCGGUGCAGCCUGGCUCAACCUGCACUCGCUCUACCACACGGGCUCGGCGAACGCCGCCGAGUGGUGCCCGCCGCCCGGCCACGGGUCCGACCCCCGCCUCAUGAUGGCUGUUGGUUGCCAAAAUGGCCUCCUGUACGUCUGGACCGUUCCACAGGGGGGCACAAGCGUCUCAGUUCCUCAUUUCCUCAGUUCCUCCAGCAGUCAGGAGAGGAGCAGCGUGGUCAAGCGCGGCAGUGCUAAGUGUGUGUUCAGACUGAGUGGACACAUCACGGCUAUAAAGACGUUGUCCUUCUGUCCCACCGGACUCGCUCUGAUCUCCGGGGGAAUCGGAGGCCUCCUCAAUAUCUGGUCACUCAGAGAUGGUUCAGUCCUGCAGACUGUGGUGACUGGACUGGGCUCAGUGGUCUCAACCACCUGGAUCCCACACGUGGGUGUCGUGGUCUGUUCCGGGAGAUCAAAGGACGCCCUGCUGAUCCGCUGCAGUCCGGACUGGAUCUCUCAGAACCACGUCCUGGCGUCGUGCCGCACCGUCCUCCGUUACCAGGGGAUCCGGGGACUGAGCCGGGCCCCCUGCAUGGCCGUCUUCCUGGAGCGGCUUCCACUCCUGCUGCAGGAGCAGUACGCUUACGAGAAGGGUCACGUGAUGGCCGGAGAUCAGCUGGUACACAGCACCUUCCUGCAGAGCCUGGCCUCCCUCGCCGUGGGUCUGAACCUGGACCAGCUGCUGAGCCGCGAGCCCGUCCCGCCCCACCACGACUCCCCCGCCGCCUCGGGGCGCUCCGAGUGGACCUGGCUCCUCACCUUCUCGGUCACGGUGAAGAGCGCCGAGGCCUUGGCUCGCUCCAGCGCCUUCCCCGAGAGCUUCGCCGUUCCUGAGCUCCAGCAGUACGGCGCCGCCGAGACCUCCAGGGCGCUGGACAACAGUAAGUGGAGCUUCAUGAUGGAUGAGCAGCUCAUGUCGUGGGCCACCAGCAGACCCGAGGACUGGCAGCAGGGUGGAAAGAGCGACGUGUACCUUUGGGGUAACGGGCGACACGGGCAGCUCGCCGAGGCUGGCACCAACGUCUCCGUGCCCACCCUCGCUCCAUCACUUUGUCAGACGCAGCAGGUGGUGUGUGGGCAGAACUGCACGUUCCUGGUUCAGUCCAGCGGUGCCGUGUUGGCGGUCGGCGAGGGCAGCUACGGUCGACUGGGGCAGGGCAACUCUGAUGACCUGUACACACCAACACUCAUCUCGGCACUGCAGGGCUACGUAGUCACUCAGCUGGUGACGUCUUACGGUUCGGACGGGCACUCGCUGGCGCUGACGGAGACCGGCGAGGUGUUCAGCUGGGGCGACGGAGAUUACGGCAAACUGGGCCACGGCAACACGGAGAGGCAGAGGCGACCCAAACAGGUCGAGGCCCUGCAGGGGGAGGAGGUGGUACAGCUGGCGUGCGGUUUUAAACACUCGGCCGUGAUCACAGCCGACGGAAAGCUCUUCACCUUCGGCAGCGGCGAUUCGGGACGUCUGGGUCAGCGCUCAACCUCCAAUAAGAUGCUCCCGGAGAGGGUCACCGCACUGGAGGGCUUUCGCAUCGGACAGGUGUCCUGUGGUAUAAAUCACACUCUGGCUCUGUCGUCGGACGGGAUGACUCUCUGGGCGUUCGGUGACGGGGAUUACGGAAAACUCGGGACUGGACCCUGUACGGUCAAGUGCUACCCCCAGAAAGUGGAGACCCUCUGUAAUAAGGGCAUAAAGAAGGUCGGCUGUGGAACCCACUUUUCGGUGGUGCUGGCCAAAGACGGGCGCGUGUACACGUUCGGUCAAGAGCGGCUGAUUGGGCUCCCUGAGUCCAUGCUGAAGAACCAUAACCGUCCUCAGGUAGUCCCUACGCUGGACGGAGUGUUCAUCCAGGACAUCGCUGUGGGGUGUGAACACGUGCUUGCUCUCUCAAUCACUGGAGAUGUGUACGCCUGGGGCUGCAACUGUGAGGCUCAGCUGGGUCUUGGUCACUCGAAUCCAGUGAAGGAACCCACACUGGUCACGGCACUGCAGGGCAAAAACAUCAGACAGAUCUCAGCCGGACGGUGCCACAGCGCCGCCUGGACAACACCACCCUUAUCGUACCGUAACUCAGGUUCGGCAGGGCUGCAGUUGGGUUUACCCCAGAGCGUUCCUCCUCAGUACACACUGCUGAAGGAGCGCACCGCCCAGGAGCUCAGCGCCCGUCUGCGCGUCCUCUACCACUUCUCUGACCUCAUGUACAGGUCCUGGAGGCUCCUCAACCUCCAUCCUCGCCACCAGACCCCCGCGUCCCGCUACAGCUCGGGCACCGCGGCCAUCGUGCAGGGAUACAUCCGAGGCGUCCUGUCCCCAAAAGUCAACACCCUGCCCUUGGUGCGCUCCAUCGGCCGCACCAUGACCCAGGGCAAGACGUACGGGCCGCAGAUCACCGUCAAGAGGAUCUCCACCAGGGGGCGCUCCAGCAAACCCAUCUUCGUGCAGAUAGCGAAGCAGGUGGUGAACGUGAACCCGUCCGAGCUGCGCUUACCCUCCAGAGCCUGGAAGGUCAAGCUGGUCGGGGAGGGAGCCGACGACGCCGGCGGGGUGUUCGACGACACCGUCACCGAGAUGUGCCAGGAGUUGCAGUCUGGUGUGGUGGAUCUGCUCGUCCGGACACCCAACAGCACUGCAGAUGUGGGAUCUAAUACAGACAGGUUCCUCCUGAACCCGGCGGCCGUCUCCGACGAGCACAUGGUCCAGUUCCGGUUCCUGGGCAUCCUGAUGGCCGUGGCCGUCCGCACCAAGAAGCCGCUGGACCUGCACCUGGCGCCGUGGGUGUGGAAGCAGCUGUGCUCCAUCCCCCUGGGCGGAGCCGACCUGGAGGAGGUGGAUCUGCUCACACAUCGCUCGCUGCAGGACAUCCUGAACCCUGACCACAGCAGCAUCACCGAGGAGAACUUCACCGUGAUGAUGGCCCUGGAUUCGUUCGUGGCUCACAGCGCCAACGGUAAGUUGGUCCCGGUGGUCCCGGGCGGGCACAACGUCCCUCUGACCUUCUGGAACCGGACGGAGUACGUGGAGCGGGCGCUGGAGUACCGACUGCACGAGAUGGACAGACAGGUGGCAGCGGUGAGGGAGGGCAUGUCCUCCAUCAUCCCCGUCCCGCUGCUCUCCCUGCUGACGGCGCGGCAGCUGGAGCAGCUGGUGUGCGGCCUGCCCGAGGUCUCGGUGGAGAUGCUGAGGAAGGUGGUGCGCUACCGCGACGUCAGCGAGGACCACCAGCUGAUCGGCUGGUUCUGGCAGAGCCUGGAGGAGUUCACCAACGACGAGCGGGUACUGUUCCUGCGCUUCGUCUCCGGCCGCUCCAGGCUGCCAUCCAACCCCGCCGACAUCACGCAGAAGUUUCAGGUCAUCAAAGUGGACCGGCCGGUGAACGGCCUCCCCACGGCGCAGACGUGCUUCUUCCAGCUCCGCCUCCCCCCCUACACCGGCCAGGCGGUGCUGGCCGAGCGCCUGCGCUACUCCAUCCACAACUGCCCCUCCAUCGACAUGGACAACUACAUGCUGUCCCGCAACGCCGAGCCGGCCGACGCCUCCGACACCGAGUACUGACCCGGCCGUUCGGACCCGCGGAUACGGUCAUAUACUUCAUACACUUCAUAAGGUUUCGUUAUGGGUACAGACGCCCCCAUCGAAGGGACUGGAAGGGAUAAUAAAGGAAACAUUGGUACAUUAAAGACAAGAGACGCUUCUGAAUCAGGUUGGCAUCGUGUGAUAACCUGGGCACCACCUGAUGACAGCGCUGGCGAGGGCUCCUCCUGAAUGUAUUUCUCGAUGCACUCUGUGUCGGACUGUUUUAGGUUUAUUUCUUUUUCGUGAACGGUGUGCUGUGGUACCCCCCUCGCUCCCCCCCGCAGGAGGACGAGGCGCGUGGGCGCCCCCCGGUGCCCGGCUGUAGGUGGAGUGUGUUUGAACUGUGAGUUUUCGGGUGUCGCGCUAAAUUAUUCUGCUUAUUUAUUUCCCGUGACGAGGAUACGGGCAGACCGCGCCCGCUAGGGACGGAGGGGGGCGCGUGUUUGCCCCUCAGAUGCCCUGUUCCUAAAUAUAUUUAAACCCCCGACUGAAAAUAAUAAAGCGUUUUCGCUUC